AAGUGAAACGUUCUGAAGAUUUCGUAAUUUGUUUUAAUUCACCAAUGACUUGACGUCAGCCAUAUUGCAUCCUCCAUGGCAGGUAACGAGGCUUACGCAAGCGCCAUCGAACGGGCAAAGCAGGUGAUUGUUUCAAAAUUUUCUAUGUCCGAUGACGGUUCAACAACCAAUGGUGGCUUAGCUGGCAUGAAAAGGCCGGCCCAGGACGACAACAAUAAUUUUGCUACAACUGAAAAACGCCCUUUAGUCAUGGAUAAAGUUGCUGCUGCUGCCGAAGCUGCCGCUCGUAUCAAUCAGAAAUUAGGCAGUGCACAGUCAACCACAAAUACUACGUCAGCAUCCAAUAACAACACGAAUUCUUCAGGCGCAAGAGUUGUCACAACUGAAACUGCUAUACCAGACCGUUUCGUUGGGUUAGUUAUAGGAAAAGGUGGAGAGCAAAUUACACAGCUGCAAAAUGACACUCAAUGCAAGGUUCAAAUAUCUCAGGCCGGUACUCCUGAGCGUACGGUGACACUUACAGGAACUCCACAACAAAUCGAUCACGCGAAACAAAUGAUUAGUGACAUAAUUGAGCGCGCUGGCAAAAACGGUACUCCAACUACUCCUGCUUUCAACGCAACUGGAAGUAUCACAACCAUAGAAAUGAUGGUGCCGGGGUUGAAGGCCGGAUUAGUGAUUGGAAAAAACGGUGAGACAAUUAAGAAUUUACAGGAAGAAAAUGGAGUGAAGAUGGUUCUAAUUCAACAGUCGAACAAUCCCACGCCCGAAGACAAGCCGUUGCGAAUAUCUGGCGAACCCUCACGAGUCGAAAAAGCUCGACAAGCUGUGCUAGUGCUUAUAAAUUCUCGUGAUCGUCCUGGAGGACCCAUGCACUAUGGUUACGACGGUCAAGAAACGUCGCAAUAUGCCGUACCAGCGGAGAAAGCUGGACUUGUAAUCGGCAAGGGCGGCGAGUCAAUCAAGGAGAUUUGUCGUGUUAGUGGGGCUCAUGUUGAAAUCUCGAAAGAACCUCCCCCAGACCCUUCUAUCAAGAUUUUUAACGUGCGUGGUAACAGACAAGAGAUAGAACAAGCUAUAAGAAUGAUCUCUGAGCGUGCUGGUAUUCCUAUGACUCGACCAGCUACGACCACUGGUGCAGUUCCUGGGCCUUGGGGUCAAUAUGGCUACCCACAGACAGACCCUUGGGCUAUGGCUAAUUGUGCCCAGAAUGCCGUCGCAGCUGCGGCUAUGCCGGCUCCGACUUAUAAUCCCUACACUGGACAACCGGACUACAGUGCGGCGUGGGCCGAGUAUUACCGUCGACAGGGGAUGCAUGAAUGUGCCGACGCCAUCCUACGACAAGCUCAGCAACCGCAAGUCGCCGCAGUGCAGCCAACUGCUCCAGUUCCUUCCGCUCACGUCCCAACUGCCCAAUCCGGUGCACCUGCAGCAGCACCCAACUCGGUUCCGGUCCAAACACAACAAGCUACUGGACAGUACGACUACGGUCAGUGGCAGCAGUGGCAACAAUGGCAAGCUUGGCAAGCGUGGCAACAGCAGCAAACAGGAGCACCAGGCCAACCCUCUGCAGGGGCUCCGACAGGACAGGCCAUGCCAGGGGCGCCAUCAAUGCCAAGUGCACACGCAAUACAAUGUGCUUCAAGCAUGCCUUCCGCUCCCGGUCAUCCUCCCAUUCCUCAACAAUAAACUCAGCACCUCAUUAGAAAAAGUGACCAGUUCCUACAGUAUUCCCGAAUCCGUUCUGUGUCUUGAUUUCCAAAUACAUUUUCAGGCUGUAUAAAAGCGUGUUGGUUGAGUCCAAUUUCUAAUUGGGUUCGAUUUAGUCUUAGGUUUUUAAUUUUGUAUACUUGGCACUCAGGAAGUUGAUGCACGUCUUUCGAUGACGUAUAGAUUACUGCAGUUUGCAUUUAGAAUCCAAAUAGUUUUGCCUUUUGGGACCACUGAAACAACCUAUCGUUUUCUGCAAGUAUAAGAUUUGUGGUAAGGUGUUGAAAUAUAUGGUUUUCAGUAUUUGCGAUGUACUUUAAUCCUUCAUAUUCCCGUUGAAAAAAAGAAUCCUGCUUGCCGAUAGUCGAGUAUUCUUUUUAGUAUUUUACAUCAACAACGGGUAUUUUUUUCAGGCAAUAUUUCUCAAGUCAUGUACAGUGCUAGUGUCUAUUGGAUGCAGAAAUCCGAUUUCAUGAGUUAGAACAGGUUGGAAAUGGUAGUAGUUGAUAUUCCUCAUCAAUAAUAGGUGACAUUGCUUCGGCGGGACACUAGGAUUUUGUGAUUCAACAUGCAUCUGAAUCGUAAAUUUUUGUAGGAAGAUAACAAAAUGGUUGCUGGUUUUUAGUUUGGAUCAUAGGUCUUGCUGAUUGUUAUUAAUUAGUGGUGUACAUUGCUUUUAUUCCACAUGGAUCUCUUUAAAAAACGUUUAUAUUUCGUCAAAACAUAGGUUUUAUAAAUUUUUUGCAUAAUUAGAAUAGACUUGUUUCGACUCAAGGAUUUCCAUGAUUAAUUUGUAGGCCAAUUGGAACUCUUAUUACAUGCAGCCAUGCAAUUCCGGUUAUCCAUGGCAAACAUGAAAACCUCAUCGCCUAUCAGGAAGGCACCUGAAUUUGUAAUCUAAAUGUUUUAAAAAUUUGUACUGACUUCGUCACUUUUUUGAAUUUAUGCGUGAGUUUUUAAAUAUACUUACAUAUGCUCGUAGUGUGCACAAGUCUUAUGCAUAUACAUAUAUGUGUGCAUUGUGUAUGUAUAUGUGCGUUGUACCUCAAACUGAUGUUCUUAGUAUGUGGUUGAGAGGAAAUUUAUUGCGCAAUUGAUAUCGUGUGAUCAGGUGUUUCGUUUAGAAUAGUAUAUCGGUUAGUAACUGCGAAAAUUCAUCCAGCGGUUUUGUGCUUAGCAAUCAAAGUCAGAUGAUCAGCAAAGGAUUUUGGAUGGGAUUAAUCUAAUUUUCAGAGUUUUCAACAGAUAAAAAAUGAGUAAGGGCUCUUACAGCUUCUCUCGACCAGUAUUCAUUUCAAUCAGAUAUGAGGAUCCCACCUUUGCGUACAUUCCGCGUGGUCUUGUGGUUGAUGAAUGCAUCUCAGGCGACGGAAUGCCCCGAAAAGGGAUAUCUUGGUGUGCAGUAAUAGGCUUACGAGGUUGGCGGUAAGCAUUGAGAGAGGGAAUAAGCAAAUAAAACUUGCUGCGUGUGUGGGACAUUGCAGAGUAGCAGCAGCGCGUAAUAUUGCAGUUGAUUGUAAUCAAAAGCAACUUCUUGUUCGCAACCGAGUCCAGAAACACGUAAUACGGUCAGGAUACCCAAGAGUCUUCAUGUGUGUCCUCAUCUCGACGCCUACUGUCGUGCACUUGGUAAGACCCCGGACUCUUGUUUGACAUAAAACGAAGUCACCAUAGGUAUAGCGGCGUUUGCACGGUAGGUUUCAACACGGUGUUGUUAAACUAAACUAAAUCCAAAAUUUAAUAUAAGUUCGAAUGUUGUCAGUCGCAAGUUGAGACAGCGUAUAUGACUUCACUCCAGUUGGAAGGAGUUUUAUGCCUUGUGGCCUAUUCGUUCCAACUUAAGAAAUCAAGUCUCGCUGAUGUAUUGUAAGAAAGUACUGGUACUUUGAAAGCAGUCAGCAGUCCCUUGCGUUGAAUAGCGUAAGGUUAGCCUCCGAGGCGGUUACUUCGCACAGGAAAGUGGGGAAUAACCCUUAUGAUUGGUGUAUUCUCCAUCAC